UUGACAAUGAAGUUGAAGCAGAAAGAGUUCUUUUCGCUUAUGGAUACGGUGCAAAUGUACCAAGCACAACCAAAAGAAGAAUGCAACAGAGCGUACAUCUUGCAAGACGAGUGCUGCAACUCGAGCGAGCAAAUACUUCUCUUAGAAAUGAACUGGACAGAGAGUCCCAAAAGAAAGAUCAGCUCGCUGAAGAGCUCCAUAGUGCAACGUCAUUACUGAAUGAAGCACAGCAACCUUAUAACUAUUUAAUAGAAAGCAUCAAGACUCGCGAUGACCAAAAUCAAUCCCUUGAAAAGCAGCUUUCACUUCUCCAAGAUGAUUACAGAAAAUUGAAGCAACAGAAUGAAGAACUGAAUAGAACGAAAAAUGGCAUGGCAGCGGAUUUAGAACGUUUACUCAACCAGAGAGAAGAGAUGUCAGUCAUAAAGCAAGUCGUUCUUGGUUUAAAUCCUUCCCAAACAACACGUACUUCUACUUCUGUUCAUGGCCCGUUCAGUAGAGAUAGAACUUCAGCUCAGUCUUCAGAUAUUCAUGUCACUGCUCCAAAACCUACUAUUUUUACAAAACAAGAGCCUCCAUCAUGGUAUAGGAAGCUGAAACAACAGAACACCAACAGUAAAGCAAGGUGAAAGACAUCGAUGCGGCUAUAUUGGAAAUUGUAUCAUAGGAUGAAAAUUGAUGAUUUGUCUAUACUAUUUUCUAGAACUUUGAAAAUAAACAAACUAAUAUAUUCUAUCGAACGAUUUUUUUAUAGCAAAAAAAUACUUGCUUAUAAAAGUAGGAUUUACGUAACUUAAACAAAUAGUGAUUUUCAUUGCAUAGUAGAAUUUUUUCGUCCCUUUUCUUUUUUUAAGAAAGGAAGAAAAUCUA